GGGCAGACAGCGGGGGCCGAGCUGCUGGAGAGACACUGCCCGCUCCGGUUUCCGCCGCAGGGAGAAGAUCAUCCAGGCGGUGAGCAAUGGCCUCCAAAAUCCAGAUGCCAGCUCCUGUGUGCCUGAUCGAGAACAAGGACAGGAAGUUGGUUGUCCAUCAGGAAGCCCUUCAGCUGCUGUCCGGAAUCCGCCAGCCGGUGGUGGUGGUGGCCAUUGUGGGGCUGUACCGAACGGGCAAGUCCUACCUCAUGAACAAACUAGCGGGCAAGAACUCAGGUUUCCCUCUGGGCUCGACAGUCCAAGCCAACACCAAGGGAAUCUGGAUGUGGUGUGUUCCCUACCCUGGCAGACCAGACCAGACCCUUGUGCUUCUGGAUACCGAGGGACUCGGUGAUGUGGAAAAGGGUGACACUCAGAACGACUCCUGGAUCUUUGCUCUGGCCGUCCUCCUCAGCAGUACCCUGGUCUACAACAGCAUGGGCACCAUCGACCAGCAUGCCAUGGACCAGCUCCAUUACGUGACAGAACUGACUGAGCGUAUCAAAUCCAAAUCUUCGCCUCAGGAGAACUCGGAGGAACUGGAAGAUUCUGCCGAGUAUGUCCGCUUCUUCCCAACGUUCAUCUGGGCCUUGAGGGAUUUCACUUUGCAGCUGGAACUGAACGGGCGGCCCUGCACUGAGGACGAAUAUCUGGAGAAUGCCUUGAAGCUUAAGAAAGGUAACUCCCGUGAGGUUCAGCUCUUCAACCUGCCCCGCGAAUGCAUCCGGCUGUUCUUCCCCACCCGGAAAUGCUUCAUCUUUGAGCGCCCCACCAACCGAAAGAACCUCCAUCGGCUGGAAGACAUGGAGGAGAGGGAGCUGGACCCCGACUUUGUGGACCAAGCACUCCAGUUCUGUCGUCAUGUCUAUAAGACAUCCAAGCCAAAGACCAUCCCAGGAGGGCACAUUGUCACUGGGCGCUUGCUAGCAAAUUUGGUGGAGACCUACGUGGACAUGAUCCGCAGCGGGGGCGUGCCCUGCAUGGAGAACGCAGUGCUGGCUCUGGCUCAGAUUGAGAAUUCGGCCGCCGUGCUCGAAGCCACUGGCCGCUACGUGGAGCUGAUGGACCAGAAGCUGGAGCUGCCCACGGAGACCCUCCAGGACCUCUUGGGGAUCCAUGCGCAAUGCGAGGACGAGGCCCUUCAGGUCUUCAUGGCCCGUGCCUUCAAGGAUGAUAAGCAGGAGUUCCAGGCUGAGCUGAUGCGAGCCCUAGAUCAGAGGAAGGAGGCAUACUGCCGUAAAAACGAACUGGAAUCCUCCAAACACUGCAAGGUUGUGUUGAUGCGGCUCUCUAAGGACCUGGAGGACAGGAUCAACAUGGCUUUCUACUCCCGACCUGGUGGCUAUCAGGAUUAUUUCGAUGACCUGAAGUCUGUAGCAGUGAGAUACCACCAGGAACCACGGAAAGGAGUCAUGGCAGAGGCCGAACUGGAGCAGUUCUUCAAGGACAAGGAGGCUGUGGGUAGAGCCAUCCUUCAAAGCGACGAAGCCCUCACGCAGAAAGAGAAGGAAGCCGAAGAAGCCAAAGCAAGGGCCGAGGCAGCAGAGCGAGAGAGGGAGAUCCAGAGGCAGAAGCAGGCUGAGUUGGAGCAGAAGCUGGAGGACCAGAGGCGAAGUCACGAAGCCAACAUGGAGUACCUGAAGGAGAAGAUGGAGAAGGACAGGGACAAGCUGCUGGACGAGCAGAACAAGAUGAUGGAGGCUAAACUCCGGGAGCAAAAGAAGUUGCUGGAGACCGGAUUCCAGAAGCAUGCUGAUCAGCUAAAUGAGCAGAUUGGUCAGCUGAGAAAACAGAGUGAAAACGUCAAGAAGCCAUCUUGGCUGUCCAAUAUCCUGGAUGCUGCUUCACUGGGUUUGUCGCUAGUGCUUCCGGGGUUUGUCGGCAAAGCCGUCGGCAGUACCGUCGGGGUGGUUCGCAAGUUAUUCAAGCGCUUGUAAGCCAAUGGGAGAAGGGGCCCUGUUACCCCAUUUGCACUUUCCUGGCAAUAUGCGCAGCACACGCUUCUUUGUUUUAGAACAACACAAUGUUAAAAUGUACAACGUCCUGCAGCAGGCAACUGGCAAGCAAGUUUUUGUUUUGGAAUUAUUAUUGUUACAAAAAUCACGUAACUCGUUACUACAAAAUGUAGUAUAUUACAGCAGGAAAUGCUUACAUUAGGGAGUGACCAGGGCAAAAACCUCCUUUACAUAGUUAUAAUCUAAAUUUGGGGGGGAAAUGCCACAGAUCAAUCCUGCAAAGACAGCAAAUAAUAAACUAUCAUCUAAUUGGAGACAGUGGUAUUAUCUCAACACAAUAUUCAUAUGCAGCCAGGCCACUGUUGGAUCCCUUUGACAUGGGUGGUGGCAGUAUUUUGCAGUCAGUGCUGUCCGUUUCACACAUAAGCUAACCCUCAUUUGCCACCAAGUCCAUGCGCAACAGGCAGCUGCAACAGAUUGUGAUUCCCUGAGAAGUACAGCAGUAUGAUAUGUGUGUUUGCUACCCCUACGCCUCACACUUUUAACCUCUUUGUUGCAUCCCUUAAUUCAUAGUGUGUGUGUUGUUAAGAUGAGCAAAGCCAGGGGUGAGAAAUCUUAUGCAGAGCUAGGCUGCUAAUACUGUUGUAGGCUUUAUACUCCUGGCAUAAUAGACAUCAGAUUAACUUCUUCCUGAGACCAAAGAAAAUGGCAACACUUAAUAAGCCUAAAGAGAAUGAAGAACCGCUUCGCGGCUAGUUGAAUAGAAUGCAGAACUUGCAUCUGGCGAUUGUCCCCAAGAUGCAGCGAGCUUUUCAUUAUAACCAGCUCUUCCAUAACUUACAGCUACUUUGGUGCUAAAUUGCUGCUGUAAAGACAGAAACUACCUCUCUGUGCAGAGUAUCUUUUGCCUUGCAGUUUGUGCUUUGCUUGGCUUAGUGCAGUGAUGGCGAACCUUUUAGAGACCGAGUGCCCAAACUGCGACCCAAAACCCACU